AAUUUCUCAAGAAUCUCCAUUGUUUUUGCAUCAUAUUCCCAUUCAUCAAAAAACCAAUAUCUCUUCCAUUGUAUUUGUAGCCACAAAACAUGGCUAUCUCUCUAUGUUCCAAGCUAUUUAUUCUAGCAGCGUUGGCGCUGUUGUACACAAGCACCACAACGUAUGCACGGGAGCUCUCAAUCGUGGGGUACGCGCCCGAGGAUCUAACGUGCAUCGACAAGCUCAUCAAUCUCUUCGAAUCUUGGGUGGACAAGCAUGGCAAGAUGUACAAAACCCUAGAAGAGAAGCUGCACAGGUUUGAGAUCUUUAAGGAUAAUUUGAAGCACAUUGAUGAGAGGAAUAAGGCUGUUAGCAACUAUUGGCUAGGGUUGAACGAGUUCUCCGAUUUGAGCCAUGAUGAGUUCAAGAAAAUGUUUUUAGGCCUAAAAUCAGAUGGAAUUCCCAAGAGGGAUGAGAAUUUUAAGUACAGGGAUUUCGUGGAUUUGCCUAAAUCCGUCGAUUGGAGGAAGAAAGGAGCCGUCACACGCGUCAAGAACCAGGGUCAAUGUGGUAGCUGUUGGGCGUUUUCAACAGUGGCUGCAGUUGAAGGUAUCAACCAAAUCGUGACAGGGAACUUAACCGAACUGUCCGAGCAAGAGCUGAUCGACUGCGACACGGCCUACAACAAUGGCUGCAACGGCGGCUUAAUGGACUACGCCUUCUCCUUCAUUGUCUCCAACAACGGCCUCCACAAGGAAGACGACUACCCUUACCUCAUGGAGGAAGGCACUUGUCAAGAAAGCAGAGAUGAGGCGGAGGUAGUAACGAUCGAUGGGUACCACGACGUGCCAGCAAACGACGAGAAGAGCCUCUUGAAAGCCCUGGCGAACCAGCCCCUGAGUGUGGCCAUUGAUGCUUCCGGGAGGGAUUUCCAAUUCUAUAGCGGGGGCGUGUUUGACGGACAUUGUGGAACGGAUCUUGAUCACGGAGUUGCAGCAGUUGGAUAUGGGACGAGCAAAGGCGUGGACUACGUGGUGGUGAAGAACUCGUGGGGGCCCAAAUGGGGCGAGAAGGGGUUUAUUAGGAUGAAGAGGAACAAUGGGAAGCCUGAGGGGAUGUGUGGCAUUAACAAAAUGGCCUCCUUCCCAACCAAAGCCCACUGAUCAUCUAAUUCUUAUUAUUCUUGUCAUUGCUGUUUUUCUUUAUUUUAUUACUUAUGUUGUUCUUCUGAUGUUCAAGGAAUAAGACAAUUUCUCCCUUUGUCCAAAAA